AAUACAAAGGGUGGUUACUGAACAUGACACUGCAUAAAUAUGUCACAGAUGAAAGACAAAAUAACAAUCUUUGCUUUCUAUUCCCAACACACUUUCUUUUCUCAUCUGUGUUCGUGUGUAUAUUUUUGAGUUCAGAGCCAAACUCAAGGUGCUGUUUGCUGAAGGAUCUCAACCUUGGAUUUGGAUCAGCAAAAUUUGAGUUACACGUUAUUGCAAGAUGAGUGUUAUGUAUAGUCCUGUUCUCAAGUACUCUGAUGUGGAGAUUCAGCUAAGGAAAAACCAAGAAGUGGAUUCAAGCUUUGGACAUCCACAACAACACUGUCACCAACCCAAUUCUGGACUAUUGAGGUACUGUUCUGCUCCAAGCUCAUUGCUGGCAAGCCUUGUUGACAACACCAUUCAUGAGGAAUCAUUCAGAAGUGAGAAUCAUCAGCACUAUCUUCCAUCCACAAGUUCAGAAAUGGAGACCAUGUUGUCCAAAUUGGUGUCAUCCAACAAUGAAUGGAGCAAUUCAGAAGGUUUGCAAGAAGAAUUUGGAGGCAAGCCUGUGAAGCAGGAAAUAGGAGAAUCUGUUCCACAGCAGAAUGGUUAUCCUUAUGGUGAGUCUCAGUUAAUUUACCACCAAACUCAGCAAAUUCAAGGCUUGCCAAAUGGUUCUUCCAAUGCUUUUGAUGGCUCUUUUGGUGUGGUGAACUCCAUUCAGUCUAAAAUUGGUGUCAGGAAUUGCUCCAAUCUCUUAAGGCAAAAGAGCUCCCCUGCUGAUUUUUUCUCCAUUGAAAAUGAUCUUGCAGCAUUGAGAGAAGUAGGAAGCUUUAAAGCCAAUGAUGUCUCAAAUGGACAGGCUAAUGCAUCAACUAGUGGAUUGCAUGGAACUCUUGCUUUCCCUUCUAGGCCAUCCUCAUGCUUGAAAAGGAUGCCACAAAUAGCUGAAAAUGGAAAUGAAAUUCUAGAAGAAAAUUGUGACCAAAGUAGAAACAUAGAAAAUGACAAUGGUAGCUCAAGAUGUUACAUUCCUAGCUUCACCAGUGAAUUCUGGGACAGUUCUGCAUUCAAUGCUCCCAAAACAGAAAGUGAAGAUGAAAUCAUGUUUUCCACUUCAAAUGUUUUGGAAUCUCAGGAAGCAGAUUUCAGCUAUCAAAAUCUUGGUUUGACUCACCAUUUGAGUCUACCUAGUUCUUCUACUAAGAUGUCAUCCAUAGAGAAGUUUCUUCAAAUUCAAGGUUCUGUUCCUUGUAAAAUUCGAGCCAAAAGAGGCUUUGCCACUCACCCAAGAAGCAUUGCAGAGAGGGUAAGGAGAACAAGGAUUAGUGAAAGAAUCAAGAAAUUGCAAGGCCUUUUCCCAAAAUCAGAUAAGCAAACAAGCACAGCAGAUAUGUUAGAUUUGGCAGUUGAUUACAUUAAGGACCUGCAGCAACAAGUUAAGGUACUCACAGAUUGCAAGGCAAAGUGCAAAUGUACAAGUAAUGAGAAGCAUUACACUAGAACUUGUUCCUGAUUUGUUUACAUGUAGAUAGCAAAAGAAUAUAGGAUUUUUGAGUGUGCCAAAGUUAGCAAUUGUAAUUAUAUAAAAUAAUGCUGACAUUUGCCUGGUGUGAGUUAGAUCCAGGUGAAUAUUUUUUUCACUUUUCCCCUUAUUUUCUUUCCUUCAUAGUUUGAUUUAAGGACACCAUAGAGUCCUAGCACGUUUGGCAGAAGUUUUAUCGGGUAACGUAGUUGUUUGAUACAAACUUUGAUACAAUGUUUAAUACUGAAUUUUAUAUGCGAUUCAGCUUUCAAUAUAUGAAGCCAAGAAUAUUAA